UGAUAAAAACAAUGGUAUGUAUUCGCCAGGGAAGAAGGAAUCCAGGCUCCACCCAGUUCCUUCCCAUAUAUAAAACAAGGGGGCACAGCUGGAGAGACUUUCUCUAGUAAGAGCACCCUUCUCUCCUGAGAUUAUUCCCACAAAAAGUUGAUCUUACAGUUCACUCUGAGCCUGUUCUUCGGCCGCCUGUGUAGUCUGAACUCCCUCACGAUGAACGACAGUGACCUUGUGGACACGGAGGACGUGCCGAGAGAUGAGAUUCUGGCCAAGGUGGAGAUCGCGCUGCUCAGUGUCAUCUUCGUCAGUGCCGCCAUCCUCAACACCACCCUGCUGCUCGUCCUCUGGAGGCAGCGCAAACAGAUGUCGAGGAUGCGCGUCUUCGUCUUCCACCUGUGCCUGGCCGAUCUGGUGGUGACUUUUUUCCAGGUGUGUCCGCAGCUCAUGUGGGACAUCACCGACAGAUUCGUCGGACCGGACCUGGUGUGCCGCCUGGUGAAGUACCUGCAGGUCCUCGGCAUGUUUUCAUCGACCUACAUGAUCGUGGUGAUGACAGUCGACAGAUACCAAGCUGUCUGCAACCCGAUGGUCAAGUUCCAGCGGGCGCGCACAAGACUGAACAUCCCUGUGUGCGUGGCGUGGGGGAUUUCACUGCUGGGCAGCCUGCCGCAGGUUUUCAUCUUCUCACAGGUCGAGGUGGAGCCCGGUGUGUUUGACUGCUGGGCUGACUUCAUCCAGCCGUGGGGGCUGCAGACAUACAUAACCUGGACAACGCUGGUCAUUUUUGUUCUACCUGUUGUUACAGUCCUUGUUUGUCAAGUGCGCAUCUGCCGAGCCAUCCAGAUCAACCUGUACCAAAAGAUUCAACAGCAGGGCAGCGUGAGUCUCCCUCUCCCAUCCAGAGCCACCGGUGUGGCCGGCAUGUCCAAGGCCAGGGUGAAGACGCUGAAGAUGACAGUGGUCAUAGUUCUGGCUUAUAUCAUCUGCUGGGCUCCCUUCUUCACUGUCCAGCUGUGGUCCGCAUGGGACAUACAUGCGCCAAAAGAAACUGCCACUUUCACCAUCCUGAUGUUGCUGGCCAGUCUGAACAGCUGCGCGAAUCCCUGCAUUUACCUUCUGUUCAGCGGGCAGUUUCCCAAGAGGCUGGUGACGUUCCUGUGCCAGCGGCGGUCCGACGGCAAAGAUUCGAUGCACGACGAGGCGACGCUGGUCAGCGCCUUGUACAUGAGCUUCAGAAAUGUCUCUGAGUCCAAAUGAGGGCGACACGUUAUUAUCUGGACACGGGAAAAGCUUGAGGUCGGUGCGCCUCGAGAUGCUGCCUCUCAGCUUAUCUGCAUUUCAGCGACUGCUUCUACUUCUGAGCAGGAGAUAUGCAGACAAGAUGUACUGGAUCUAUCUGCGUGUCUGGCAUAUGGAAAGAUGUCACCGAGGCAUUAAACAAACGCAAACCAAAAGUAAAUGCGUGGCCAUGAGUUGGAGCUGCGCUCCAGAUGUUGCCGGGAAGGAAAGCAACCAGUAAAGACUCUGUAAACAACUGGUGUUGAUCAUAUCAUCACAUUGUUAUGACGGUGACAGUGUCAUUGUAAAACAUAGAUAGAUUCCUCACGUGUAAUACAAGCUUGGAACACUUCAGACUGAGUGACAGCAAUUACCAUUUAUUGUUAUUUUGUGCAAUUUUGAAGGACAUGCCAGUACAUCUAUGUGAACUUACACCACAGUUCCUUUGAGUUGAGCUCAGAGGUGAUAACAUGUCCUUUAUCUUUAGUUUUGUUUUACAAAGAGAACGCUAUCACAAAGAGUGACAGUAAGACCAAGAGUGACCACAAACACUGCAACAUGUGUCUGCUGCCUCCCCAAAGCUGCUUUAACAUUACUGCAUUUAAAUAUUGUGAAAUGUGAUCUCUGUGUUGAAAUAUGUGUUAAAAGGUCACGCUGAGUGGCUGUAUUCAUAAUUUCUUCUUGUUCAGGCUGUAACCAAAUAUGUGUGGAAUAAAGUCAUAUUCUCACAACUGUUCAUUAUUUUCUUGUGUGUCAUUAGAUCUGAAAAGCCACUGAUGACAAAUCAAGAGCAAAAUCAUGAUUAUUCAUAUUU